AUGGACGCAAUGGCGAAACUGCUCGAGAGCUGCGCCGGCGGUCUGCAGCAGUCGUUCGAGUCGGUCUUCCAGCGCGUGGACCAGAGUUUGUCACAGAGUGCAGCGGUCAUGCGCAUGAUGAACGACGUGAUGGAGGCCGUUAUGCUGCAGAACCUGCUGCUGCGCUCGAGCUACGACGUGGCCAGAGGCCUAACUGUCGCUGUGGAGAACCAGUCGCAGAUUAUGCUGGGACAGGUCACAGUCCGAGCGCAACUGCAGGACACUGAGACGGCCUUUUUCUCGGUCGUGCUCGAUUCGCUCCAUGUGGGGCAAGUGGUGCAGUUCCAAGCACCGAUGCAGGACGUGGUCGGCCCCGUUGCCGGCUUCCUCGAGCUCCAAUGCACGAGUCCAGGCACGCACCAGCUGCUCACGAAACGCUCUCCGUUCCAAGUGCUGUCGUUCCAGCAAGGCGAGUUUCGAGCUGUGCUGAAUGGACAAGAGGACGCUGCUAUCGUUGGCUCCGUGCAAGUAGCAGCGACGUCGGAUAAGCUGCCGUUGACACGCGUGCGACAGCUCCUGAAGAUCAGUCCGCUUCAAGGCAUCUUGACAGCUGAUAAGGGAAGGUAUCGGUACGUGUCAACUACAGGGUCCAGCAGCGCUUGUGAACUGUACCUGUCGAUCGAGAAGGGUGCAGCGGACGAGUCUGCGUACCGAGUCACAGUGUCUGCAGCUGGAAGUGCCGAUAGUGCCGACGAGCGCCGAAGUCGAUGCCAGCAGAUGAUUGACGAGAUGGAGAUCGUGGAGUGA